UAAAUAUUUCAUUAACUAAAUCUUUAAUUUUUUAGAAAUAUAAUUUAUAAUAUGAAAAUUAAAAGUAAUAAGAAAUCAUUGGGAAAUUUAUAUGAAAAACGGCAAAGUUUGCCUUCUAAAUGGUUGCAGACAGAUAUUUUUGGUACAAUAUAUAGGGAUUAUGCCUAUUCAUGUGAUGACCCUCGAUUUUAUAAAUCUCCAUUAGAAUAUGAUUUUUUGAAAAGCACUCUGAAUUCAUGUAUGAGAUUUUCUUUUACAGAUGAUGAUUUGGAUUUUGAUCAAGAUUUAUUGUUGAAGGAUGAUUAUUUUCAGUCUACAUUUGAAAAUGAACAGUUUAAUGAUAUAGAAUCAUAUAAAGUUUUAGAGACAUCAGCGGAUGAAAUAUAUGGAAAAGCAGUUGCUUUAUUUGAUUUUAUACCAGAGCAUGAAAACGAAUUUGCAUUAGUGAGAGGACAAAAGAUAUGGAUUUCGUAUAGACAUGGGCAAGGAUGGUUAGUUGCGGUUGAUCCGGAAACAGGAGAUACGGGCCUUGUUCCUGAAGAAUACGUACAAAUGUAUGAUUUUGAUGAUGUUUUUAGUGAUAAUAAAAAACAAUAUAUAUCUAUUAAACAAAGUGAAGAAACUAUUCUGGAGAAUGAUGUUCAAAAAGAUAAAAUAAAUGAUAAUUAUGAUUCUAGUAGAAAUUCGGAUAUGGAUGACGUUAUGAAAAAUGAGACAUAUUCAUUAGAUGAGCAGUACUCUCGUUUAAGUUUAUAUGAAGAAAAUAAAUAA